AUGAUUAAGCCUACAAUACAUGGGCCGGCCCUGAUCACGACGACAUGGGUCCUUACGAGCGUGGCGAGCGUAUUUCUCGCGCUACGGUUGUACUGCAAGCAUAUCGGCCGGAAGAAGCUCUGGUGGGAUGACUGGACUCUCAUCGCCGCAUGGAUUAUGAUGUUGAUGGGCUCGACCGUCACAACGUAUCUAGUCGUCUACUACACCUAUGGCCGGCACACGUGGGACUUUCGACCUCCGAACAUCGACAGCUUCUCGCUCACCAUCACCGUGCGGGGCACCUUUGCCAUCACCGCCAUUGUCUGGGCCAAGACCGCGUUCGCUUUUACGCUGCUGCGCAUCACGACGGGCUGGACGCGGCGGCUGGUGUGGGUCAUCAUCGUGUCCAUGAACGUGCUCAUGGGCGUCUCCGCCAUGGUGUUUUGGAUCCAGUGCACGCCGUUGCAUAAGGCGUGGACACCGACUCUGAGGGAGGGGAAAUGCUGGCCUGCCAAGGUUUUGGAAGUGUGCAACUUGACUUCCGGGAUGAAGCGAAAGGAGAAAAUUGGAAUCGUCAUCGCGAUGAGCAUGGGGGUCGUGGCUGGCAUCACCGCGAUUGUCAAGACAGUAAUGCUACCCAAGCUAGCCGCCCCAGAUAUCUACGAUUCCGUGGAUUUGGUGACAUGGGAUAACAUUGAAGUCUCCGUCACCGUCAUCGCCGCAUGCCUCCCUGCCCUGCGCCUGAUGAUCCGCGACUACCGACAUUCGGCGAGGAGGAAUACCGACGCUGCGGCGGAGUCCAGGGCCGUUUCUAGGACGUCGCCUUCGAGACAAAGCGAACGCGCUCCCAAGCUUGGCCUCACCGACUCGUGGAACUCGGACGCUCUGUCAGAGUUCCGGUUUACCUUUAAUGGCGGCAUGGGCGACGAGGAGAAGUUAGUGGGUAUUACAGGGGGCCAAAAGGCAGAAACUGACGCCAAGUCCGGCUAA